CUCCUCCUAAUUUAGAGAGUUCUUUGCAAAGAGAAAGUAGGCCAAAAUUUGAGAAAUUGGGGCAUGUCAACAGCAGUGGUAUGGUAGACAAUGAGAGCUAUGUCAACAUCUUUUUCUCUUUUUCCACUUGAGAAAAGUCUUCCUAUCUGUCGAGUUCAGUUGUAUAGAGAAGUGGUUUGUAAAGAGAAGUAUGGACCAGUGUUCAGAGUGUGGCUCAGCCCGGGACACGUGUUUGUAUCUGUAAGGGAUGGGAGGCAACUCUUCACAUUCGACACAAAAAGUACAACACAGGAUGAAAACAAAGGAUGCCUGGAUAUACAGAACUUAGAUCAUCCAAUCCUUGAUAUCUUACCAUCUGACUUGAGACAGUGUGUUUAUAUUGUUCAGCACAAUGGUUUUGUACAGUGUUGGAAAUUUAGAGCUGACAGAACUUGGAUUUUAGAACAGGAAUUUAAUAUAUGCAACAGCAAUAGGUCAGAGGUAUCCAGUGUGUGUUUUCAUCCUCUAUACAGUGCACUCUACUGGUGUGAAAAGAGAGUUACCUCCUCCUCAGACCACUCUAUAUAUUGUAUAUGUAGGAGAAAAGUUCCCAGUGAUGCAGAGAAUCUGUCAGAACAGGAGCUAGGUCCGGUAGAAGCCAUCAUGCACAACAUCUGUCUCUGUCAGCUGUGUCCAAUACAACAGGGCGUGGGCAUCAUUAUCAAAAGUAGGCCCCCUUUGGUUUCAAUGGUGAUUUUGUGGAAUCAGUCUACUAACGUGGUCACCAUGUAUUCGGGUCCCUAUAAGUUGUCAGUGGAAGACCCCAGCUCAACACAAGCCUUUGAUUUCACAUCACUGGGAUUCAAGUUCAUUAACAUCAGUAUUCAGGUCAGGGAUAAAUACAGAAUGAUAGGAUAUGCAUACAAUUCUCAGAAGAUGGAGUUAUCUGUUAUUGAGGAUGGCAGCAUUGUCAGAAAACUCUCUGAUGAAAAAGAAGAGUUGGCAGAGAUCAAACUUGACAUUCACACGGGAAAUCUGGAAGAGGGCACAUGGUUUAGUUAUCAGGGACACCUGGGAUUUCUGAGUAAAUCUAGUCUUCUGUUGUUUGACCUGACAUCUGGGAGAUUGGUCGACACCAUCAUGCCACCAGAGGGAGCUGAUUUUGAGGGUGUUUGCUGUGGUAGCCCUGCGACAGUAACCCCUGCUGUAUAUACAGAAAACAAUUUAUACUUACUCAUGAAACAGAGAAGGAAGGACGAGUGGGACUUAACCACAACUUUGUCAGCGGAGGAUUUUCAAACAACAGCACUUCAGAUAGCUCACCUAGAACAGGAGAAAGCAGAGCAUCCCUCUACAAGUGUUCAGAAAAAGUUAUCAGAAUUACAGCAGACCUGGACAAAAACAAAAGAUCAGAAACCUGCCACAAAACUUGCAGAAAUCGUAGAACCAUAUUUAGAUGAAUAUUGGAAGAUUGAGAAAAUUCCAACUAAAGCAUUUCAGCCCUCCAGGUCAGCAUGCCCCGCCUCUGUAGAUGAGGAAGUUCUUCACGUGUUGGACCCUAAGUCCAGUAUCCCCAUGUCUGGUCGUCACGCCCGCCUCCUCUCACUGGCCCACUCACACCCUAAACAAGUCCUCGCUGUCCUAGAAUCACAGAUGGAGUUUCACACAGGUGACAUCAGUACGGCCCAGAUCCAGCGCUGGCAGUGUAUCCUGGCUCCCGAUACGUCGCUCAGUCCUGUCAGUAGCGAUGUCGCCGUGCCCAUGUUUGAACACAUCUGUCGUCUGCUGUACAAGCUUCAACCAAACAAACUGAUGCAGUUUGUGAAAAUAUGCCAAAUGAUCAAUGACCAAAAAGUGGGAGUGUCUGCAUUUAUUAGAAAACGACAAGCUAUUCAGUAUUAUGAGCGAGCUGUGAGUUGUGUACAGGACGUAGAAGAAGCAGUUACCUCCCCUGAAUCAGCCAAGGCAUUUGUCUCACUGCUUCUAGCCAGCAAACAAGAGAACUGUAUUUACUUCACCGUAUAUCUACUCGGGGAUUAUAACGACAACUCACCGCUUCACUUCAAACUCUUCCACCGACUCCUCGACAGAAUCAACAAGGAGAAUAUUUUAACAGAUUACAUUGUGAGAACAUUUUCAUUAAUGCCAAAUAUCAAAAGCUUUACCUCAGUAACACAGCUUAUCUCCCCUCGUGACACUUGGAAUGCGGCUGAAGUUUUCUCCCCUAGUUCUGUUCCAUUUGGACAAGUUAAGUCAAUAUUACUCAGUAAACUGGUGGAUAAAGGCCCAGCGGACUUGUUCCAGAUGUUGGCUAGCCUCCUAAAGUAUGCACUGGCCAGUACUAUCCUCUUCCUGAUGUCCGCAGUUUCUCCUCCAUCCUCGGUGACAUUGGCGCCGAGGUUUGUGAAGCUGUCCACCUCAUCGGCCUCGCUGCUUCCGACUUGUAGCAUUCCACUCGCUGACUUGCUCUCGGAUGUUCCUGAGAAUGAAGAUCUGUUUGACAAUCCCUCUCCCUCUCCGGAACCCUGCCUGCUCUUUCCUCAGGGUGCGGUCAACUCCAGCCUGUAUUCUGUUAAUGAUGAUCCUGUUGAGUGCUUGCUGGCUAGGGGCAGCAAUGUGACUCCCCUGCAGUUGCUGCAGUCCUGUAGGUUGCCUUUCGGGGAGAGUUUACAGAUCAGUCCAGGUGUGCUUCAAUUCCUGGCUGCUCUUAUCAAGGUCAUUGUCGCUGUUGAUAUCCGCUCCCCUCUGAUCUUUGGUGUCAAGAACAGAAGAUCUCCACUGUCCACUGAUGAGAAGAUGGUCAAUCUGGUUCUCAAUGUUCCAGUAGCAGACACCCAUGUUGCUUUGUGUAUGUCUUUGUUUGGAAACAGUGUUCCUGUGAUUACAAAGUACCACAAGGAAUCCAACAAACAGAAAAUUGAUGAAGAAGAAACUGCUGACGAUACCUUACAAAAAGGUCUUAAUCUAGAGGAAGAAGGUCUAACUAGAGCCGUACAAGAAAGCGAAAAGCAGCAGUCCAUCUUACCUUUGGUUAAACAGGAACUCAGUCUUAAGAUCCGCUACAAGCGACUGUCUGAAGGAAAAGAGGAAUUUGUUUAUGAAGAACCCAAACAGCAUCAUUUCGAGCUCACUGAGUACGAGAAGCAAAAAAUCGAGGAGCGAAGACGACAGAACAGACAGUCAGCACAACGUUCCAGGAAAAGGUCCGAGGAUUACGAAGAGAAACUAAAACAGUCCCAGUUCUUGGGAUUUAACCGAACUCAAAAUAUCCCGGUAACUGAUCUGAAGUGCAUAAUGCGCAUGCGCCGUCGCAGUACCGCAGUCUAUAUCAUCAUGGCUGAUUCCUCCAAGGACAACACGGCUGCGGCGGCUCAGCCUCAACCUACAUCCAAAUUUAUAGCUAGACUAGGUCAUGGAUUGUUGGAAAAGAAAUGUUUUGAAAAGGCAGGAAAUUCUUUGAGAAGAUUUUCAGUGUGUUCAAUUCUUCAGGAUGAUAAAGGAAGUUUAGAUAAACUGCUGGAAGCCCGAAGCACCAGAAACAGAACAGAUAAGUACAGAUCAAACAGAGGUGAAGACUACUUCAUAGGAAAUGGUGUCAGGAAAAAUGUAGGCUAUGGCAAUUCCUGGAAUGAUUUUCUUGAGGACAUACCAAAAGAAAAACAAGAGUUCACUGAAUUGGAGAAAAACUUCUAUUUGGAACAUGAAGCUGUCAGAAACAUGACAGAGGAGGAGGUCAAGAUAUUCCAUGAAAGACAUAAUGUUAAGGUGUAUGGGGAUGUUCCUAACCCUGUGUUAGAUUUGGAUCACGUAAACUUUCCAGAGGAAAUAAAGACAACGCUAACAAAGAAUGGAAUUACCACACCGACAGCCAUACAGUCUCUGACAUGGCCUAUUGCUUUAUCAGGGCUGGACAGUGUAGGGAUCGCACAGACUGGGUCAGGGAAAACACUCGGGUUCAUGUUACCAGCAAUAGUGCAUACACUGAAUCAGAAAACAACAAAACAGAAGUUUCCAAGACGACCGAGGGUACUAAUUUUGGCGCCUACAAGGGAGCUAACUCAGCAGAUUGCCUCGGUCUCCUUCCCCUACUGUAAGCCAUUUAAGCUGAGGACUGGAUGUUUGUAUGGAGGAUCCUCCAAGUCAAGACAAAUGCAGGAAAUUUUAGGAGGCCUAGAUAUCAUAGUUGCUACUCCAGGCCGGUUGUUAGAUAUUCUGAGAGAACAGUCCAUGUUGUUAGAGGACGUGUCAUACUUAGUGCUGGACGAGGCAGACAGAAUGUUGGACAUGGGCUUCGAACCUCAGAUUAGGAGCGUUAUGAAAUAUCUUAGUCCAUUCAGACAAACAACAAUGUGGAGUGCCACUUGGCCUGUAGAAGUCAAAAAUCUGGCCCAGGACUUCAUGUCUAAUAAUGUCCAAGUUCGUUUGGGACACUAUGACUUGACCAUUAAUAAGAAUAUCAAUCAAAAGCUGAUCUUGGUUGAUGAUGAAAAUGAUAAACUAUACAAAUUUGUGGAUGAAAUGAAGCAAGUUUUAAGUGAGCCAAACUCCAAGGUUCUGAUCUUCACCAACACCAAGGCAAAGGCUGAUAAUCUGGCAUUUAAGUUGCACAAAGCUCUCAAGAAGAAGAUAGUGGCUAUACAUGGAGAUAUUGGUCAGUUUAGUAGAGACAGGGCUCUGAAAGAUUUCAGGCUGGGAAUGGUACCAAUCUUAGUGGCAACUGAUGUAGCAGCAAGAGGAAUAGAUGUUACAGACAUUACACAUGUAGUGAACUUUGAUUUUCCACGAGACUUGACGGAUUAUGUCCACAGAGUUGGACGUACCGGACGAGCGGGAAGGAAAGGCGAAUCUAUCUCCUUCUUCUGUCUGUUAGAACAGCCUAAUAUAGUGAACAAACUUGUCAAAAUACUUAAAGAGAGUGGUCAAGAUAUCCCUGAAGAGUUAAUGGAAGCUGCUCAAGCAAGCAGGUAUUCCAGGAACUACGAAUCUAAUAGAAGGUACGGCAGUAGACCUGGAGGAGGUCGAUACGGUGACAGUCGAUAUGGAGGAGGUCGAUACGGUGACAGUAGAUAUGGAGGCAGGGGGCAGGGCAGUAGUCGAUACGGCAGUAGAAAUGACAGAUCUAGUUACCAGAGGGACAACAGAUGGGCAGAUUAUGAUGAUUGAUAUCAGAUGUAAUUAGGAUAACAAAUUAAGGAGAUUUUGAGGCCCAAUUCUUUACCUUAUUAGACAAUUAAAGGAUGUGGACUCAGCAUUCAAUGCAUGGCUUUCCAUGAUCAGGUUACAAGGCUCACUGCCAUCUAUGAGUGAUGUCAUUCAAAUCUGGAUCUUGCUAUUAUGUGCAUUGUCAUCAAGAUACAUUCCAUUGAAUGCCAGAUGUGUUGUGAAUGUUUGUCACUACCACUCUAGAUGAAAAGAUUCACCAUUACAAAUGUCAUACAUAAGCAGGCCAGGAUGAAAAUACAUGUACAGCUGUCAGAUCUGAUCUACCAUUUAGUAUGUCAGAAUGUAAUUUCUGUGAUAUAUAUUAUUUAAUUCCAUUUAUUUGAAAAAUUUAAAUCAAUAUAGCAACAAUUAUCUUGAUUUACUGUAUAAAAAUUAUGUAAAUUAUGAAACAUUUGCUUUUACAUUGAAAGUUUCCCAUUACUGAUUAUUUGUUUUUAUGCAAGAUAUAUUGAUAGCCUUUGAUCAUUAUAAUUUUUAUACACUAUUUGACUGUAUAACAUGCAGCUAAAAUCAUUGUC